GGAAAAAGGCUACCUGGGGAGGCGGAGACAGGGUCCCCACCUGAACCCAAUAAAGGGGGCGGGACUUGAGGGGCGUGGCUAGUCUGUGUGACGUGCGGCGGGGGAGGGGCGCGCCGUUGCUAAAGGUGCGCGUGCGCUUCAUUCCACUGCCACAAUGGUUCAGCUCCCGCUCAGGGAACGUCCCGUCAUGUCGCGCCUUUACCUUUGGUCCCCACUGCUCCUCCUUUCGUGGCCACCGUUGUGGCUUCUGGUCCAGGUAGCUCAGGCGUCGGACUGGGCCCUGGACCAUGUCCCCCUGACCUCCGACCCCCCAGGGCUGACCUCUGAACGCUCACUGGACUCGCCCCAUGUGCUUGCACCCUCGGCAGAGCCGGGGGGCUUGGCUUACUCGACGGCCUCCUCUCCAGCCCAGAUGUUCGCCCCGCCCAGUCAGGAGGUAACGGAGACUUUCGUUCCAGACCCGGACUUGGAUUCAGUUGAUUUUGUAGAGGAUCCAGAUCCACCUACUGAGCCCCCUGAGGAGGUGGAAUCCUCACUCCAGGAAGAGGCCCCUGCUCAGCAUCCACAGCCCACAGAAGAGGUAGAAUCACCUCCACUUGAGCAGGAGGCUCUGUUUCAGCCUCCAGAGGCCCCUGAGGAAAUGGAAACUUCAAGCCUUCAGGAGGCCCUCCUAGCUCAAGCUUCGGAGAUACUUAAGGAGGCUGGAGGGCAGCCAUCAGCACAUCAUAGGGUAAAUGAAGCUCAGCAGUCAGGCAGGCACAGUGUCACUGUGACACCUCUGGAUCUGGCCCUUACCAUAACUCCAGAGGUCACUAAAAAGGUUGAACCUUCUCCAGUCCAGCAGGAUGGCUUAUUGCAGGCCCCAGAGAGCCCUGAGGAGUCUGAAACUCCUCCAGUCCUGGAGGAGGCCCCACCUCAGCCUCCAGAGCACCCCGAAGAGGUUGACUUUUCACUCCAGCAGGAGACCCAAGCUCAGCCUCCAGAGCGCCCUGAGGAGGUAGAACCUUCCCCAGUCCAGCUAGGGUCCCCAGCUCACGCCCCAGGGUUCCCUACCCAGGAUGUACUUCAGAGGCCAGAGAGCGAUGAGCUAGAAGCUCUGCGUCAUCAGCCGCAUCCCCUUCAUUUGCACUUGCCCAAUGGGACACCUCAGCCUCUGGAUUUGGGACUUACCAUCACUCCAGGGCCCACUAAGGAAGCUGAGUCAACUACAGCCCAGCAGGAGGCCCUGCCUCAGCCUAUUGAGCACCCUGAGGAGACGGAAUCUUCUCCAGCCCAGCAGGAGACCUCAGAGAAGCCUCCAGAGCCUCCUGGGGAGGUUGAGCCUUUGAGUGAGCAGGAGCCACCAGCUCAGCCUUCUGAGCCUCCUGGGGAAGAUGAACCGUUUCCAACCCAGCAGGAGACCCCAGUGCAGCUCUCAGAGUCUUUGGAAGAAGCUGAAACUUCUCCAACCCAGGAAGGGACCCCAGCUCUGUCUGCAGAAGAGGUAGAACCUUCUGCAACCCUGCAGGAGCAACCAGCUCAGCCUCCAGAGCCGCCUUCUGGGGAGGCGGAGCCUUUGCCAGCUCAACAGGAACAGCCAGCUCAACCUCCAGAGCAUCAUGAAAUGACAGUUUCACCUCCAAGUCACCAUCAUGCUCAGCAGUCAAACGUAGCCAAUGUCACUGUCAAGCCUGUGGAUGUGGGGCUUACCAUAAGCACAGAACCCAGGCCAGAGGUGGGACCUGGGUCUCCAAAUCCGCACAAGCCUUCAACUCAGCCGUCGGUGUCCCACACCAGCGUGGGAUUUUCUACAACCCAGCAUGAGGCCCCCACGCUGCCUCCACAGCCACCUGAGGAAGUUGAACCUUUGCCAGUUCAACAGGAGGCUCCAGAUCCAUCUCCAGAAGCUGCUGCCGUUCAUGAGGAGGCCCCGGGUCAGCAUCCAGAGGCUCCUGGUGAGGUUGAAUCUUCCCCAGCUCAGCAUCCAGAGCUCUCUAACGAGUAUGUCGCUAUCUCUCCAGAGCAUCACGUGACAACAGUUUCUCCGCUAGGUCAGGAUCAAGCUCAGCUUCCGCAGCGGCCCAGCAGUGUCACUGUUACACCUGUGGAUCUUGUGCUCACCUUAAGUCCAGCAUCCAGUAAUGAGGUUGAAGCUUUUCCACUGCCACCAGAAACCUCAGUGCAGUCUGCGGUGUCCCCUGAGCAGUCGCAACUGUUGUCAGGCCAGCAGCAGUUUUCAGGUCAGCAUUCAGCCCCAGCUCGGCCUGAAGAGGUUCCUGAGGAAACCGAACCUGCUCCCAGCCAUCAGGAGCACCCAACUCAGCCUCCAGAGGCCUCUGCAGAGGUCGAAGCUCAGCCUUCAGUAAAUGAAGAGGCGACGUUCUCACCUCCAGGUCCCGGUGAAGCGCAACGGCCAGGGUUGUCUAGUGCCACAGGGAAACCUUUGGAUCUGGCGCUUGUCUUAACUCUAGAGCCCACUAAGGAGGUGGAAACCUCUCCAGUGCAGCAGGAGGGCCCUGCUCAGACUCUAGAUCCCCCUGGGGGAAUGGAGCUUUCUUUAGUCCAGGAGGAGGCCCCAGCUCAGUCUCCCGUUCCCCUUGGGGCCCCAGCUGCAUCUCCGCAGCCCCCGAAGGAGGGAGAACCUUCUGCCACACAGCAGGAGCUUCAGGCUCAGCCGCCAGAGCCUCCCGAGAAGGUGGAGCCAUUUUUAGCCUCUCAAGGGCCCCUCCCCGAACUUCUGCAGUCCCCUGGGCAUACAGAGGCUUCCUCGAUCCAGCAGGAGCUUUUGGAACCCCUCAAAGAGACGGACCCGUCUCCAGCCCAGCAGGGGGCCCCGCCUCAGCCUCCAGAGCCACCUAAGGAGGUGGAGGCACAAAGUCCAGUGCAUCCUGCGAUGACGGUUCCGACGCUUGGACAGGACCAGGCUCCGCCGAGUGUCGCAGUUAAACCUCCAGAACCUGCUAUGGAGGCUGACCAUCCCACAGUCCUGCAGCAGACGACAGCUCCUCCAGCAUACCUCGAGGCGACACUUCCACAUCCAGAGCAGCUUCAGGCUCAGCGUCCAUACCUGACUGAAGUCACAGUUCAACCUUCAGACCUGGAACUGACCAUAAGUGCAGAACCCGCUAAGGGGGAUGAACCUUCUGCAGCCACGCAGGAGACCCCAGCUCAGACUCUGGAGCCACCUAAAGAGGUUGUGGUCCAGCCUCCAUUGUAUCAGUCUGCGACGAAUGCAGCUCCAGGUCAGGACCAAGCUCCACAUCCAACAUUGCCCAACCCCCCGGUUCAGCCUUUGGACGUGGUGCUUACUGUGACUCCAGAACCUACCACGGAGGUUGAGCAUCCUACAACUCCCCCUCCAAACCCCACUGAGGGGACGCUUCCACGUCCAGAGCAGGUUCAGCAUCAGCAUCCAACCUUGACUGAAGUCACGGUUCAGCCUCUGGACCUGGGACUUAGCAUAACGACGGAACCCACGAAGGAGGAGGAACCUUCUCCAGCCACGCAGGAGACCCUAACCCAGCCUCCCGUAAGUCAGAGCCAAACAGUUCUAACACCACAUCAGGGUCAGGCUGAGCUUCCAACGUCACCCAGUGUCACAGGUAAGCCUGUGAACCAGGAGCCUAGCACAACUGCAGAACCCAGCACAGAGGCUGAACAUUCUACAGGCCUGCAGCAGACUACAGCUCCCCCUAUAGAACACCCUGAGGCGACACGUCCACAUGCAGACCUGACUCAAGUCACAAUUCAACCUGUGGAACUGACUGAAACUACAGGAUCCGGUGUGGAGGCUGAACCUUCUCCAACCGAGCAAGAGACCCCACCUCAGCCUCCAGAGCCAUUGCAUCAGGAGGUGACAGUUCCAGCUCCAAGUGAGGAUCAAAGUCAGGAACCUACCACCACUCUACACCCUACUGCAGAGGCUGAACCUUCUACAGUCCUGCAAGAGACGACAUCUCCCGCUCCAGAAUACCCUGCGGUGACACUUCCUUACCCAGGCCUGACUCAAGUCACAGCUCCACCUGUUAGCAUAACUUCUCAACCAGGGUCAACUGAGACAACCCUUCCUUCUGCGCAGUCUUCGGUGGUGCACUCCGCCCAAUACCCCCCAGAAAAGGAGCAGUCAGAACAGAAUGUCGUCACAGAGCACGUCGACAUAUGUGAGCUGUGCACCUGCAGAAAUGAGACGCUGUCGUGCACUGGACUCAGCCCAAAUCAGAGGCUCCGCAGUGUGCCUGUUCUAGGGCCCAAGAGCUACAACCACACCUUCACCGUCUUAGAUUUCCAAGGAAACGCUAUUUCUUACAUUGAUGGGAAUACAUGGAAGGCAUUCCAGUGGGUUGAGACACUAAUUCUCAGGGAUAAUGCUUUGAUCGAAUUACAUAAGGAUUCGUUUGAAGGCUUGCUGUCCCUCUGGUAUUUGGACUUAUCCUGCAACAAAAUACAAUCUAUUGAAAGACGUACAUUUGAAUCGCUACCUUUUUUGCAAUAUGUAAAUCUUGGUUGCAAUUUAAUCACAGAAGUGAGCUUUGGAACGUUUCAAGCCUGGCAUGGAAUGCAGUUUUUACACAAGUUAGUUCUCAGCCAUAAUCCUUUGACAACAGUUGAAGAUUCGUAUCUUUAUAAAUUACCAGCGCUGAGAUACUUAGACCUGGGAACAACACAAGUGUCACUUACAACGGUUGAAAGUAUCCUCAUGAUGACCCUUGAAUUGGAAAAGCUGAUCUUGCCUAGCCAUAUGGCCUGCUGCCUCUGCCAAUUUAAAAACAGCAUUGAAGUUGUCUGCAAGACGGUCAAGCUGCAUUGUGACAGAUGCCUGCAAGAUAGCGCGCAUUGUGAUAAAGAAACAUCUCUAGGGCACGCAGAAGGAUCGUUCAUGAAGGUGCUACAAGCCCGGAAGAAGAACACCAGCACCGAGCUGAUUAUUGAGCCAGAGAGGCCGUCCUCAGGCAGAAGUCUUUCCUCCCCGGGGACUCAGUUUGAAGCUCAGCUGAACCAGCAGCUGCAGUCCCUCAUCCCCAACAAUGACGUGAGGGGGCUCAUUUCUCAUGUUAUCCGGACGUUGAAGAUGGACUGCUCUGAGCCCCAAGUGCAGCUGGCCUGUGCCAAGCUCAUCUCCAGGACAGGCCUCCUGAUGAAGCUUCUCAGUGAGCAGCAAGAAGCAAAGGUGUCCAAGGCAGAAUGGGAUACGGACCAGUGGAAAACCGAGAACUACAUCAACGAGAACACAGAAGCCCAGGGGGAACAGAAGGAGUCGAGUGAGCUCCCCAAAGAAGUUCCCGGAUAUGGCUAUAAUAACAAGCUCAUCUUGGCGAUAUCUGUGACUGUAGUGGUGAUGCUUUUGAUUGUAAUUUUCUGUCUCAUCGAGGUCUGUUCUCGUAAGAGGGCAUUGCGGGAAGGGAACGUAGGACGCAAAAGGGGCUUUUUCGGCUUUCUGCUGCGUAAGAGACGCUCGGGGGAGAGCGAGAGCGAGAGGGAGGGCUUCUUUUGGAGAAGGCGGCCACUCUGGCUUCAGGAUAUGUACAGACCUCUCAACGCCACACGCAAGAAAAACAUGGCCCAGAAGCUACACGACAAGGAGUCUUCUGAUGAGGAAGAGGUCCUCCAUGCGGGUGCGGGGGAGGUCAGUGAAGCCCCAGCAGAUGCGGUUCUGACCAUAGAAUCGGACGUGGAAGACCUGGGUGAGGAGAGUGACGCGGCACCUGAGGUUCCCCCCGAGUGAGCCCCGUCCUGGCUCAGGCCGCCUACACGUGUGUGUAUAGCACCAGAUUCUAGGAAUUGCUUGUAAAAUAUGUUUGUUGUUGUUCUAGUAAAAUGUACAUUCACAACCAA